AUGAUGUCCUUCUUGCAGGUUGUGGCAUCCAUUCUCCCAGGUGCCAUUGCGACCACAGCCGUGACAUCUAUGCCUACCACCCUCAACAUCACAGUCAUCGGCGCCCGAAACAACCAGUCGACCCUGGAAUGCUGGUCACUCGAACCGGGUUUCUCUUCAUCAACUCAGCCAGGUAUUACAGGCAGCGCUACGCUUUCCCUAGGACCUGUAGGAGACAACGCGACCUACAGUAUUGUUCCUGCUCAAUUAGAUGGUGGGAUACACAAUGCCCCCACGAGACAAUGGGUGGUUUUCCUCUCUGGACUGGCACAUGUCACUUUGCCCCAUUCAGAUGACGAGGCCUGGAUACUGGGGGGCAAGCAUGGGAUGAUUCUGGCGUUGGAUACGGCGGAUGUUAGUGCGGAUGGGCAUUAUACGGAGUAUCCAAGUGAUGAAGCGACGGUCGCAAUGACUGUGCCUUUGAAGGAUGAAGACGAGGAACCAGCGCAUCGAGUGUUGUAUCAGGGUGCUUGUAAAGCGACGGAGGUUGAUUUGUGA